GAUGCUCUUCAAAAGGAGGUCGAACAAUUAACACAUAUUUUCGCGACACUUAUUUCGUAAGCAAGCUACCGGUUAAACCGAAAGUGUCAAGUAUACAUAUGUUUUUUGUCAUGCAAUAGCAAAGUCAUGGAGCAAGUCAACAAUAUCGUAGGCGCAGUUUCAAACAUAUUUUUUACUCGAAAGGAGCAACAACAAAUCGGAAAGGUUUCUCGAGAGGUUAUCAAAGAAGUGAAAACACUGAUCGACAUACGUGAGAUGGCUGGGAAUAAUUUUGUCAGAGUUGCAGGUCUUUCCGGCGCUGUCGCGGUUGCAAUGGCUGCAUACGGAGCUCAUGCUUUUAACCAUGAAGGGAAUGAAGAAGAACAAAAACUUAAGAAUGUAUUUGAGUCAGGAAACAAGAUGCAUCUGUUUCACUCGGUGGCAAUGAUGGCUGUACCACUGACAAGGAAUCCUAACUUGGUCGGUUGCACGAUGGCAACAGGGAUGCUGAUAUUCUCCGGGAGCUGUUACUACCAGGCAAUAACAAAAGACGGCCGCAUCCGAAAGAUUACGCCCUAUGGAGGCAUGCUUCUCAUCAUCUCAUGGCUCCUUAUGAUCCUGUGACCUUGAACAAUAAUCUGUGACCUUGAACUUUGGUGUUUUCAUGGCUCCUUAAGAUCCUGUGACUUUGAACUUUGGUGUUUUCAUGGCUCCUUAAGAUCCUGUUACUUUGAACUUUGGUGUUUUCAUGUCUCCUUAAAAACCUGUGACCUUGAACAUUGGCAUAUUUAUAGCUCCUUUAGAUCCUGUGACCUUGAACUUCAGUGUUUUCAUGUCUCCUUAAGAUCCUGUGACAAUGAACUUUGGUGUAUUUAUAGCUCCUUUAGAUCCUGUGACAAUGAACUUUGGUGUAUUUAUGGCUCCUUAUGAUUCUGUUUCCUUAAUAAUAUUAUCCUUUAGUCGAAAUUUGGUAUUUUCUUCAUGGCUUCUUCUUAUCAUUUGACCUUGAUUUUUUUCUCAUGGCUGUGACCUUGAACUGUAGUAUUUACCUUGCACUUAAGUGUUCUGGUGGAUUUUAGUUUGAAUAAUUAAUUAUUCUAUGCCUUCAUACCAAGGUAUUCAAAUGUGCACUUCUUAUGAUAUGUAACCUAGAACUUUUUUAUGUUGUAUAAAAAAACAUGAAAUAAUUGUGCCAAUUAACAUUAAUAAAGAUAAUCGGUAAUUAUUUUAUUGGAUGGUUUCUUGCAGAAGCGUCGCCGUGUGAUGCCUGUUCAGUUGUUCGAUUAAGUACAAAAAGCAGUAGAUAGUCGUCAAUUCAUUCACGCCAAGCCUUUUAUGAAAUAAUUUGAUUAAAUGCAUUUGUACAAAAGAAAUAGUUUUCAGUGAAAAGAACCUCUUUUCAUUAGAUCUGAUGACUUUGAAUUGAUUUUGGUGGACAGAGGCUAUUGCAUACCAUUCUUUUUAAUCGUUUGUUUUGCUUAAACAUGUCAUCAUGUGUUAAAAUGCUUUUGCUCCUAAAACUUUUAAUGCGUGAGUAUGCUCCACCUAACUGAAUAUGUUCGUUUGGUACCUAUGUAUGCAAAUAAAUAUUGUGAUAUUUUUAUGGAAUGUUUAAAAUUGUGCUGGAAUACGUUUGCAGUUGUUUAUUUUGUGUUUUAAAUGCAUACGGUUGUGGUAUUGAAUUUAGAUACAUGUGAGUCUGUUGUGGUAUCUGUUUACUUGCGCUAAUUUGAUAAAUGUUUUUUAGGCAUUUAUUUAUAUAUUUGUAUUCUAGGCAUAUGGUUAGCAGUAAAUAAAUGGAUACAUUGCUA